AUGGAGUUGAGAUCAGGGCGCCUCCUCUGUUCAACCCAGCAGCAGCAGGUACGCAGCCUAGAAGACCUCGGACCGGACCAUAUCAGUGCCCUACCCGACGAUCUGCUCCUCCUCAUCCUCGCCCGCCUCCGCUGCAUCAUCACCGCCGCACGCACCGGUAUCCUCUCCCGCCGGUGGCGCAACCUAUGGACGCUCCUCCCCUCGCUCGUCUUCCGCAAUGUAGAGUACUCCUCGCUCAAACCGGCUCUCGCCCGCCUCUCGUCCGCUGUCUCCCUUCUCGACAUCCACAUCCCCUUCAUGAGGAGGCGCCCCGAUCAUUGGGAGCGGUGGCGCGGGUCAGUUAUCGACGUGUAUCUAGACGCCGCUGGUGUUACCUCGCUGCUGCUUGAAGCUGCACGCCUUGAGCCCGAGGAGCUCGUGUUCGCCAUCAACAGCAAUGUAACAGGCAGCCACGUCGAAGUGCCCUACUUCCGCCGUGCCACCUCGAUCGUGCUAAAAUCAAACAUCUUCAUCACUCCUUUCCACAUGCCAGCUGGUGUUGAGUUUGCUGCUCUUGAUACACUGACCCUCUCGUGCUCUAUCACUGGCCUAGACGACCUCAUCUCCCGGUGCCCACGCCUACGUGUCCUCAGGCUCAAGGUGUCCACCAAAAAUAACUUGGUGAUUGUCCACUCCACGUCGCUGCAAGAGCUAUUUGUGGACUCCAGAUUUCGCACAGACCGCCUCGACAUUGCUGCCCCUGUCCUCCGGCAAUUGACCGUGUCAUUACCCCCCUACGUUGGAAUCAACAUCUCCGUGUUGGCGCCAAUUGUGGAGAUGAUCUCGUGGUACUGCUGUUAUGUCGAUGCAAGCGUACCUAUUGGGUUUGGUCGUUGGAGAUUGAUAGAGCUGAUGUUGAAAAAGACGGCAACGAGACAAGGACAGCUCCCUUCACUACGCAUUCAUGCCGACAUUUGCUCUUCCCCUUUCCCUGGUCAACUGACCAACUUCAAGCGGGAGAUUAAGAAGCAUAUGGUUGCGGUGUUCUCAGAUUUGCAGUUGCAUCUAACGACAGGUGGACAUGUUUUUGGAGCAUUCGUGUUUCACCUCAUUGGGCUGAAUCGGAUCCGUAGGACCGUGCGGAGGCUAAAGGUCAUCCUAGGAGGUUCAAAGGUGAAAGAAGAAUGCCCACAGAAUUGUCUUUGUCAUCCUGGAGACUGGAAAGUUCAAACUAUCACACUGAUUGCUCUUGAAGAAGUGGAAAUUGAUGGUUUCGUAGGAGUGGAACAUGAGGAAUUAGCCACUCAACACAUGGACCGCAACAUAGUUCCAUACCUUGGCGAAUCGUCACCGUCUGCCGAAGAGAAGAUUGAGCAGCCGCCUACCGAUACCACGGUCCAAAAUGUCGCAGAAAUGAGCAUCGACGACCUCCCCGAUGGAGUGAUUGCAGCUAUACUUGAAAAAGUUGCAGCUUCAGCUCGUUUGCCCGCCGACUUCCUAUCCGCAACAAUGACGUGA